UGUACCGCUGCCCUGAAAAGCUUUUCAGUAAACGCACUCAUGCUACCACAGGAGCUUCUCUCAGCAAUAAGCCACCCAUCUGCCAUCAACAAGUUAGGACUAAAGGAAGCCACAGCUGCGGAAAACGACAUCGGGAGCUUCAAUUAAACAGCUGAGCAGUCACAGAGGACAAAAACUUGUAUUAAGCAUUGAUUUAAAAAUCACAGACCUGUCAGAGGAGAUCAAGCCAGCGAUUUCAAAAGGAAUACUUUAGGAGAGGAUCGUGGAUUCAAUUUUGCACUAAUAUCAAAGGACACUAAACCCAGUAAAUUAUUCAAAGGCAAUCUCGCAUUAGAGCCUUCCACAGACUCACGGCGUUGAGUCUAAAACUACGACUGAAUGCAACCUCCAAUGUACUCAAAAGAAUGGGCUUACAUUUCAAGUGGCCAUUAGGGGCUCGUAUGCUGGCAGCACUAUAUGCAAUGAGUAUGGUUUUAAAAAUGCUGCCUGCCUUGGGCAUGGCUUGUCCACCAAAAUGUCGCUGUGAGAAGCUGCUCUUUUACUGUGACUCUCAGGGGUUUCACUCAGUGCCAAACACCACUGAAAAGGGCUCUCUAGGUUUGUCAUUGAGGCACAAUUAUAUUACUGAACUUGAAAGGGAUCAAUUUGCAAGCUUCAGUCAACUUACUUGGCUUCACUUAGAUCAUAAUCAAAUUUCAACAGUAAGAGAAGAUUCUUUUCAAGGACUGUAUAAACUUAAGGAAUUAGUCUUAAGUUCCAACAAAAUCUUUCAUUUGCCAAACACAACUUUUAGCCAGCUGCUUAACCUGCAAAAUUUGGACCUCUCUUUUAAUCAGUUGUCCUCUCUGCACCCGGAGUUGUUCUAUGGCCUUCGCAAACUACAAACCUUGCAUUUACGUUCCAACUCCCUGCGGACUAUCCCGGUCCGCCUUUUCUGGGACUGCCGUAGCUUGGAGUUUCUGGAUUUGAGCACAAAUCGCUUGCGAAGUUUGGCUCGCAAUGGAUUUGCAGGAUUAAUCAAACUGAGGGAACUUCACCUAGAGCACAACCAGCUGACAAAGAUUAAUUUUGCUCAUUUCCUCCGGCUGAGCAGCCUGCACACGCUCUUCUUGCAGUGGAACAAAAUUAGCAACUUGACAUGUGGGAUGGAGUGGACCUGGGGCACCUUAGAAAAGCUAGAUUUGACUGGAAAUGAAAUCAAAGCCAUCGAUCUAACAGUUUUUGAAACUAUGCCUAACCUUAAAAUACUCCUAAUGGAUAACAACAAGCUAACCACCCUGGACUCCAAGAUCUUAAAUUCCCUCACGUCCAUAACUACAGUGGGCCUCUCCGGCAAUCUGUGGGAAUGCAGCCCAAAGAUCUGUGCCCUGGCCACCUGGCUGAGUGGCUUCCAAGGUCGGUGGGAGCACUCGAUCCUCUGCCACAGCCCAGACCACACCCAGGGCGAGGAUAUUCUAGACGCGGUUUAUGGUUUUCAGCUUUGCUGGAAUUUAUCGGCCGUUGUCACAUCCCUGGCGACGACGUACAGAGUUCCAACUACUGAGCACACAAAAAGAAUGAGCUCUUCUAAUUUCCAUAUGGGAGACAAAGAAAUGCCAACUACAGCAGGCAUGGUCGUUACCACUGAAGAACAUUUCCCCGAGCCAAACAAUGCCAUCUUCACGCAAAGGGUAAUUACAGGAACAAUGGCUUUAUUGUUUUCUUUCUUUUUUAUCAUUUUUAUAGUGUUCAUCUCCAGGAAGUGCUGCCCUCCCACAUUAAGAAGAAUUAGGCAGUGCUCAAUGAUUCAAAACCACAGGCAACUCCGCUCCCAAACACGGCUACAUAUGGCAAAUAUGUCAGACCAAGGACCGUACAAUGAGUACGAACCCACCCACGAAGGACCCUUCAUCAUCAUUAAUGGCUAUGGACAAUGCAAGUGUCAGCAGCUGCCCUAUAAAGAAUGUGAAGUAUAAUACCUACAUGCCAUCACAAAUUAAAUCAGAUAAGUAACCUAUUUUAAAAUUGUAGGGGACCUACAUCAGAGUCUAAUUUUUACAAAUGUUGACAUAAAGCCUAAUUUUCCAAGCUACUUAAUGGAAACAUUGUUUAUGGAGUGGUGCAGUAUUUUUAAGUUUUUUUUAAAAAAUAAAUCCAUACUAUUUUCAGUGUUGAAAAGCAAUGAUUACAUUAAAUUUGCACUCCUACUGUUUAAAAGUCUAAAGAGAUGCUCACCUCAAUAUGUAAAAUGUUUCAUGUUAUGUAAUUAUAUGACUGUGUGUAAACAUUUAUACUGAAAGUCUCCAUAUUCUACUUUUUCUAAUGAAAACAGGCUGCGAGCAAGGCUAGUAGGUGUCUGUGCAGAGAUCUGCGAGGGGACACACACUCCAUUUGUUCCACUGCAGCUAUACGAUCCCAACCACUCCAGCUGGCUCAGUUCACUUUAAAGGCAGACUUGGGGGAUGCUUUUCCUUCUGCGAUAAUCUGACUUGAGGAAAAGGAGGAGGAAAAGUAACCAAGGUGCAGGAAGGGGAUUUAAGUGCGUCGGGGAGCACUGAAUUUAUUUUAAUGUAGUUUUCCUACCUCCAUAAUGCUAGUUUGGCUUGCCUAGAGGUACCUUGCUAAAGCUCACAAAAAAAAUUCAGAAGGGAGCAGUUCACACAAUCACCAGUUAAUCAGGAUGACUCUCCAAAUGCUUACAAAGUAGCCAGCAUAGCUUCUUUAUUUAGGAAGGCUCAGUGCAACGUGAUCCAUUCGAGAUAUUAAAUGCAUUCAAUUCUUACUGGAUCUCUGGCUUGACUUGAUAAUGCUUUUCAUGAAUUCAGGCUAAUUACUUACAGCUAAGAACAAACAUUAUUUCAACACCUUUUCAUGUGUAAAUACCCUGAAUGCAAGUUUUUUUUUUCUUUUUUUAAUUAAAAGCAAAUAUCAAUUGCGGGGUUAAAAAAAGAGAGGAGGAAGGAAGAAGCCUCUCUUUGUCCCCCUCCGCCUGCCCUCCCUCCCUCCUCCCCCCAGCUGAGCUUCCUCUUGCCUGGAAGCUAUUUUCAUGCACUAACCCCACUGGUUUCUCGGGAGACAGAAUUCGCCCCUGUAAGAUAAGCUUUCACUUGUCCGACUCUUCUGAAACCGUCAAAUCUUCCAAAAUUCAAGGUAGUUGCCAGGUCAAAAAUACAUACCUUCUGAUAAGAUAGUAUAAGAUAAUCAAUUUAUAGAAUAGUUCACUGAAAAAUGUUUUGUUUCUUAACAUGGGACAGAAUCUAAACUAGUAUGCUGUUUAAAAAAAAUAUAAAUAUAUAUAUAUAUAUAUAUUCACACACCCCUCACUCUUAAGGAGUAAUUUGAUUUCUUUACCUAGAAGUACCAUAUUGCUAUUUAUACUAUAUUAUGAAAUUAUAUGUAAAUAUUUGCAGAUCUAUGCAGCGACGGUGGUACUAAGAUGCCACGGGGGUGGGGGGGCCACAAAAGAUUACAUUAUUUUUAAGUCAACUGUUCAAGUAUUGUAAACAUUCUAACCAAAGUCAAAAGGACCAGAGGGAUGGAUUUUUUUUAUAUAUAUAUAUAUAGAUGUACAUGUAUGUAUAUUUAAAAAAUGUGUCGUGUCAAACGCUGCAGUGUUAAACAAUUACCAGCACACACAGACGAAGAAAAGAAAUUCCUCACAGUGUUGACAUACCUUGAGCAAAUCAGUAAUCACAGUAUGCUAAUUAUGUGUUGUACCAAACUAUUCUGCGAACUUCUCAAACAGAAAAUCACUGCAUAAAAGUCUGUUUGCUAUUUCACUCUGCUUUUAUAUAUCUGUAUUACCACUUAGUGAGGUAUUUAGGGUGCAAUUAUACAACAGUUUGAUGUUUUAUUGUGAAAUGAAUUUGUCCAAGACAAUUAUAGCAAGAUGAGUGUGACUUCUGUUCAGAUUUUACAUAAAGGUUUUUCAAUUUCUGGUUUUGAAGAUAUUAAUUGUGCCCACCAUCAUUUUACUUUUACAUGCAGCGCCCUCAUCAUAAAGCAAAUAUUUUCCUGUUUAUUCCCUGUGACUCUGUACUUUAACAGAAGAGAUUCAGUCAAGACUAUGGUUUUCCCUGAAAAUACCUUUAAGCCCCAUAACGGUUCAUGACAUGAAAAGCCACCUUACACCUAUUCCAUGAAACGACUAUUACUGUUAGCUGAAUGCAAUCAAUCCUGCUAGGCAAGUGGACAGUGAGCGACUACUCCAUAUGAUUAAAUCCCACGUGAACAAGAAAGCCAGACCCCAGAUGAAAAGUUUUUUAAAAAAAUGUAUCAGUACCUAAGUGUAUUUAGCUGCUUGUAGAAAGACUUGCUUCAUCCCUUCCAAGCAGGAAAGCUCACAGCCUUCCCCUGCAGCCAGGCUUUUGCACUGCUCUCCGGCAGAUGGGCACGACCACCGUCUUGACAAAAACCUGCACCUCCCAGGCACUUCCCUUACCUUGAUUGAACCAACAGUGGUCGACACGGCUGGGUAUUGGAAGGCAGAUUAAUUCUGGGAAUGAUUUUCAUGUGCAACUAUGGGUGCCAGUAGAGACGACAUUACAGCUGAACUAUUAAUUAUGCUGCCAUUGGCAGGCAAAUAAUUUUGCUAUAUUGUCACCAACUAUCAGAUGUCAAAACCGAACUCUGAGGUCCUCAGCCACCUUUGCGAGGAGCUCCCCAUUUAUCCUUGCUAUCCAGGAGAAGCUCUCACUGCAAAAUAGUUUCACAGGUAACCUGGUAGUCUUCCAUGACAGAGAAUGGUAGGGAGAAGCAGCAGCUUGCCCAAAGUGGUAAGAUUACUGUCUGGGGAUGUCUUUCCAAUGGUUUCAGCUCUGCACAGAAGCAACUUUAUUAGCUUAUGAUUAUGCCCAACAGUAGCAAAGACAGAUGUUCCAGCUGAUUGGCAGUGCUGGAUUUAAACCUCUUCUCUGUCCCAGCCCCUAAUCCCAACUAAAAUCCACUCGUACCAACCUCAUCCACGCAAACAGCAUUGCUCCAGUGCCUCAAAGCAAACAAAAGCAAAUGCCCAGUACCUCUUCCCCCUCAGCAUCCCCAUUUCCAACUGGUGCUGCAAUACAGGCUGGGCUCAGAGGUGGCACAGAAGUAAGGCCCCGGACCCUGCCUAGCACCCUGUCGUUACAUUUCCCUUUGACAAUCUGUACCAUCCACUAAUAUGCAGCCAAUCUUGCAAAGACCUCGCUUUAUGCCUGCUAUUUGCAAGCCCAUUUGUUGCCAGGUUCCGGGCGCAAGCCAACCGUUCACUACGCAUUACGUUUAGGGGAACAGGUACCACAAAACUUACAGAAAGUCAAACACUGGCAGCAAAGGCAACGUGAAUUCCCCGAAGAGGGACACUAAACUGCAGGCUAAGCCAUCACUCCAUGCAAGGACACAACCAGAGGCUGCGAUUUUUUUUUUUCCAGAGUUACUCUGUCUUCCGCUCCCGACUGCUUGCGACUCUGCCGCACAAAGAGGGGACUGACAACUGCCUUGUUUGGCAGGCUCUGCUUCUUUUUUGGAUGGAACACAAACCAAGACGAUUUGGUUUAAAUCGAUUGCAUUUCAGCAUGAACACCGAUGACAGGAGGUUAAGUCGCUCCCCCCAAAUAUCAGCUGUCUCGCGCAGCUUCGGUAUCUAGAUACUAAAUGGAGUUACAGGUGCUUCACCACCUCUAGGCACACAAAUGGUCAGGGGCUUUUAAAAUAGCAUUUCUUCUGCUGCUCUUACGACCCUCGUCCCACUCAGAGACCUCAUCCGGCUGCACUGAUUUUCACCCGGCUUCUGCUCCGCUUCCCCCCCACGAGCCUCGGUGAAAUACAAACCCAGCAGCCAAAGUUCAGUUUCUGAGUCAUCACGUUGCAACGGGUCUGAAUUAAUAUAUUUGGUUGCACUCUAGCUGCUUGCUCCGCGUUAGAUCUUUUGUAAAGGGCACAUAGCUAAAGAUUACUUGAUGAGGAGUAGCCUGGAUUAGGGUUCGGACCCCGACUGAAGUGUUCCUCUGCACAGCGGCAGCAGAUCUCCCCAUUUCCUAUCGGAUGCCGGCAAAAUUAAAGCCACUGUUGCAACUGUUUUUGUUUUGCUUUUCCCCAAAGCAGAAGUUAUCUGAUUUUUCACAGAUAAACCCGGCCUGUAUGCAAAUCCAAGUGUCUGAGCUUAUGCCCACUUCUGCUGCUUGGAAGGCAGCAGCCCAUUGCUAACAUGUGAAAACAGAAAGCAUCCAGUGGCUUUAAACCAGAAAUCUGUGCUAAAUGCUCGGGUUUUUUUUUAAUGUGCCUAAGUUAAUUUCUGAACUACUUCAAUGAAAAUAAAGUUGAUGUGAGUUUGUGAUCUGCAUAGCUAUUAAGAUCCAUCUGUUCAGACCUAUGAAAUCUACCCAGAAAGCUAGAUUUCAUCUUUCUUAUGAAUUUUUCCAUAAAAAUGAGAUUUCAGAGAGGAACACAGUAUUUCUCCUCUCCAGAAGGAAAAAAAAAAAAAAAAAAGAAAAGGAACAAACAGCAAAAAGGAACGGCACCUUCACAGCAGCAGCAAGCUGCUCCCUCCCAACGUCCUUCUCCCUUCCACAGCAGGGGCCCGUAUACCCAAACUGGCGCCAGGGCUUGCUUUCUAAGCCAUCACGCUAGCAGUGUGUUUAAAGGCCAUUUCAUAGCCAGCUGGAAAUCCAGCAUUUCGCAUCUUGUAUAAAGCCCUCCUGUGCAAAGCAUCUACGGAAAGGUAACAGAAGCUGUGAUGGCUAUAACCAAACCUCACCUCAGACAGGGCAAAACUCAUGCUAUCUAAGGGCAAAAUGACGUACAGCUUGUGCACCUGUGAUGUGGGCAUUGAAAAGCACCACCUGCUAUUUUUCAACUGAUCUUUUGUAAAAAGGAAAAAAAAGAAAAAAAAAACCACCAUUUUUCUUUUUAGCAUCAUGAAAACAUUAGUGAGUGAACUAUUCUACCAGCUUAGCAACCAGAGAUUACAAAGAAAAGUCCUAGAUUCAUUGUAUUUAAAUUAUGUUUAAAGAGCCAAUUUCUGAUGGGGGGUAUAAGUAAUGGAGUAAAAUGAAGAGCAGUGUACAUAAAAAUUUUGGUAUUAAAAUUGUGUAUACUGUAAAACUGAA